ACCGCAGGAUCUGAGGAUGUCCAGACGGAGUGGCUCAUCUCAGUCGGCUCCCGGCGUUCCCAGAGCGUGCACGUGUCGCUAUAAUUAACGCGGUCUCAGUUAUGCUGUGAUAGUUGAACGCGAUACAGUGAUACAUAAGAUUCCCGCUCUUUAUUUGCAACGAAACGACGGUGUCCCACCAAGAUGCCGCUUCAAAUCAGACGAAAUAAAUGUACUUCAUUCCUUCGAGAGAAUCUUUUAACCAUCCUAACUGUGAUAGGAGUUCUCUCCGGAACGCUGCUCGGAUGGGGCCUGAGGGCAUCUGGCAUAGAAUGGUCACGACGUGAUGUCAUGUACUUCCAGUAUCCAGGUGAACUGUUCCUCAGGAUGCUGAAGUGUUUGAUAGUACCAUUGUUAGUCUCUUCGAUUGUUUCUGCGAUCGGUUCACUAGAUCUCAGUCUAUCUGGCAAAGUUGGUCUCCGAGCCAUCAUCUACUACAUGACGACGACAAUAUGUGCAGUGAUGCUCGGUAUAGCUCUAGUCACCACAAUCAAGCCAGGCCGAGGCUCUGAUGCUUACAGUCAGCCCAACGUUACCAAGAAACUCGUCACUAAGGACACGCUCACAUCUGACACUCUAUUGGAUUUAAUAAGAAACCUUUUCCCAGAGAACAUAGCACAGGCAACGAUCGCGUCAUACCGAACGCGGCUGGCAUAUGAUCAGAAUGACACUAAGGCCAUUAAAGGUCACCUGGAAACUUAUAAAAUAGAAGGCGAUUACCAAAGCGGCAGCAACGUGCUGGGUCUGGUAUGUUUCAGCAUCGUUUUGGGUAUCACGCUUGGCAAAAUGGGGGAGCAGAGUCGGCCGUUACAAAAUUUCUUUCACGCCUUGUCUGAAGCUAUGAUGAUCAUCACUGGAUGGGUUAUUUGGUUGUCACCACUCGGUGUAUUCUUCCUCGUGACAGCAAAAAUUAUGGAGAUAGAAUCGUUUGCGGAAUUAGUCGGACGGUUGGGUCUCUACUUCAUGACGGUACUUUUGGGCCUCUUCCUCCACGGCUUUGGUACUUUAAGUAUUCUGUUCAUCCUGGCGACUAAGAAACUCCCGUGUCGCUACAUUGCUAAGAUGGGACAGGUCAUGGCGACUGCUUUUGGAACUGCUUCGAGUUCAGCAACAAUGCCCAUCACGAUCGGUUGCUGUGACGACAUGGGUCUGGACCCGCGCAUCACUCGCUUCGUGAUCCCCAUCGGCGCCACCAUCAACAUGGACGGGACCGCGCUCUACGAAGCCGUGGCUGCUAUUUUUAUCGCUCAGCUAAGGAAAGUUGAUAUGUCUUUUGGCAAAAUUGUUGCUGUCAGCGUAACAGCCACGGCAGCUAGUAUAGGCGCGGCGGGCAUCCCACAAGCGGGACUGGUUACCAUGGUGAUGGUGUUGGAUACCGUCAAUCUGCCUGCGGAGGACGUCUCCAUCAUUCUCGCAGUCGACUGGUUACUUGAUCGAUUCCGUACAACUAUUAAUGUUGUGUGCGAUGCUCUCGGCGCCAUCAUAGUUACGUCUCUAUCGCAAGGCGACAUCGACAAGACGCGCGCGCUACAGAACGACAGAGAAGUUGCGCCUGCGCACGAACUUACCGAGCUGGAAAAGGGUGAGCAUUGAACGAACACUUCAGCGGGCUCGCCGUCUACUUGAUUUAGAGCUCUACUCAGUAUAAAGUCUCGCUCCAUAAUUCAAACAAAAUGUAUCGAAACCUCAUUUCCCAAUGUUGAAUUGAUUUAUGCAAGAAUAAUUGAAUCUAAAUUCUAAAACUUCUGUGUAUUAUUAAUCUGUGUACUAAGUUUAGUACUGCCUGUGAACUAGAAAUUGAUACCUUUGUUGCAUUUUAAUCUUAACGUAUAAUAAAUUAAAGAAAUAGACUUAGACGCAUUAUUGACAAUAACGAUUGCGAGAGCGAGACAGAGUACGUCAUGUAUCUGUGUAGCGCUCUGUAUGAGGUUAGCGUCAAGCGUUAUAACGGUUAAACGGUUAAGCGUUCUGUGUUCAAUAACGAUAACGUUAUUCCGUAUUAGGACAAUAACGUAUAAGUAGUGUGAAUUAUUUUUGUUGUGAUGAUUAAUUUAUUACGUUGCGUUGUUAGUUAAAUACUGGUUUUAUCGUCUGGACAAGGCUGGAUUAAAUAACGAAAAGGCAAUAUUAGUUUUAAUAACUCAUCUAAUAUUUAAAAUGUUAUUUAUUAACCACUCAGCCUUAUAUGCACAUAUAAAUGUAUUGCAUUCAUUAAAUAAAUAAAUAUUUAUUGUAUGUAUCCAAGCGAAGCGUGGCCAGUCCGUAGAUAACAGUUUGCUUCAGAUUAAUUCAGCCUUGCAUCUGGGUUAUGAUUUAUGUAAUAAAUAUAUGUUAUAGCAAAUUAUGAUAACUUCGUUAAGUGAAAUAAUUUAUAAAAUAUUUCAAAGUAUUUCUUCGUUACUGCAAUAAUUUAAAUAAUUAUAAUAUUUGAUGUGUAGUGCAC